AUGUUCAACGAAACCGUAAGUCACUCUCUAGUCAAACGGCAAUUUAUGAAGUGGAAUAUCGGUGGUCACGAAACCAAUCCUUCGAUUACUGGCUCAAAUAAUCACGUAUUUCUACCACCAACUCCCGACAUAAAAGAACAAGAAACGUUGUUACGCAAAGCUGGCGAUCAAGUUGGCAAACUUUUGGAGGGUGGUGCCAGUGUAGCACUGGCUCCUGCCAAGUGGCUAAGCCAUAUGCAGGAUAAUUGGUAUGAAACUCUUGUUAUUUUUAUAAAACUGAUCCGUUUUGGAAAUCGAACCGUUAAGGUUGCGUUUUGUACACACAAAAUAAGAUUGAAAUCUGAGAUGAACUCACCAGUUUGUUGA